CGGCUAGUUACGGUUUUGAUUGCUUUCCCAGGUUACCUUUCCUUUUGCCUCUCCACUCAUUGUCGCUCCUCUGUGUAGGAUAGACCCAGACGUUUUCGGUAGAUAACUUUGGCAUUGAUAUUCAAGUGUUCCAAGGUCGUCUAGCGCUGCCAGGGAGUUGAAAGCCCUUUCGGAGUACGUCCGUCGGUGUUCACCAGUUACUAGAGAGAUGAGUGCAAACACAUACCCCUCACCAGCAUCGUCGGCAACACAGUCCAAUGUUGAGCCGGCGCUAGUGGCGCAACCUCCAGCAACCACGUCUCGAGCGCCAGAUCAUUAUCAAACGCAGUCAAACCUUCAGCACGCAUCUACGGCAUUGCAAGCAGCAUACCGCCGAAUCCGACAAGUGAGGAGAAGCCUACUGGAGCUGUCGGACGCCAUUCCCACUCGCGAUUGGGAAAACAGAGUCGAAGGCGACUCUGAACUGAGGCCCAGACACGAUGCUAUCAUGCUUACAGGCUCCAUGUUCGAUGAUUCCGGCGAAUCCUCAGAUGAGCCCUUUGAAGUCGACAGACUUCGAGACGCCUUGCCUGCGAUGGAGGGUCGGGACAUUGGGCGACAAUCUGAACCAGCGCGGUCAAACCUGUAUUUUGAUUUUGUUCGCGAAAAUGACAUACCAGACGUCCCUUCCCGUUAUAGUCGUCUUCCCCUCGCGCCGCUGGGCUCCAUUUCAGAGAGCACGACUCCGCCACCGGCACCGGCACCUCCUCCGCUCAUCCUGAAUUCGCCUAUCAGCCCUCCUCGUUUGCCACGAAGGUCAUUGCUUGAAUCGGGCCUGCUACGUCGUCGGGAACUCAGUGACGACCCUAGUACAACCACUGGCCGUCGUGUUGCGGCUCUUGAAGCGGCAGGUUCAAGUAACUAUGCCGAUUCACCCGUUGCGAUAUCAGCGUCCGACGAGUCUUUGUCAUUACCUCUUUCUGCCGAGCGUGAUUUUGAACAUUUACGUUCAAUUGUGCGCCAGCGUCGUUCUGAUCCGGGUGUAUCGGCCAGAGUAGACUUGCUACUUGAAAAUAUCCGUCGGACAAAUGGCGACCGACCUACUCGGAGCUUGGACACACCUAACGCAAGAAAUGGAAGCCAGAAUACAUCAAACCCCACUCCGAGAACCUCUUAUGGCUCUCGUAGGUUUAGAUAUUCACGACCAACAUCUAUGCAGUCCCCAGUGUCUCCCUCCUCAGACAGAUUAUCGUUGUUAUCAAACUUCUCCAUCCAAAAUCUGCCGACUCCAACGUCUUCCAUUCUCACACAUCCGCCCAUUCUAUUCGACGAGCCCUUAAGUUAUGUCCAACCAUCAGAUUCCAACUCCCAGUCACGUAAUGUAUUGGAUCGAGAUGGGAUGGAGGACCAGGACAGAAGAGGAUACUACAUUAGUCGACGACUCAAUUCAGAAGGACAAGAACAUGUACACAAUGUUCAGGUUGAUUGGUCCGAUGAUGCCAUGGCUUGGUUGAUGCCCACAAGAGAUCGGCUUCAGCAGGAUCAAUCGGCACAAAGUCGGAUUCAUACCCGUCGACCUAGGGAUGGUACUAUCAUUGGUCCAAGGAUGACAACGUCUCCCCCACCGGAACCUACAACUCAUCGGCGUCAUUGGGCGCGCCUUGAUGCAGAUGGUAAUGAGAUUCCUUAUGACGAGGAAGAGGAGAUCGAGCGUAAUCGUCUCCACCAACGCCUUCGAACACACGAACGUCGUUUGACGACACAGCCAAUCAUCGAGCCUUCUUCACAACGACUAUCUGAUCUGAUUCCCGUUACUCAGACGUCCAUUUAUGCCGACGAGGAUGCCACUAUCUAUCGACGGCCUCGUGUCAGGCUUGGUCGUCUAGAAGGUGGCGAUCCUUUUGAAUAUAAUCGGACAUCUCUAGACCUUUCGCCUGGCCAAUACGAUUAUCUCUAUCCUAGCCGGCAUACCGCGCCUUCGAAUGAGGGUCCGGAGUAUUAUGGUUCAGAUGUCCCGUUCUAUGUCGACCCUUUACCCAUGCCUCUAUCGGAAAUGGUUUCGUCUCCGUCGUUGCGACGAAAGAAGAGCGCCGUUCGAGUUCAUAAGAACGCCAGCCUUGCAGGGAGAUAACAUUGCAUGACCUGUUUCCCUCCUGACACCUCUAACUUAUUUACUCAGACUGUUCUUUCUCGGUACAUAUGCAUCAUGUACACAUUCUUUCGUUGGAAACAUUGAAUCCGUUCCGUUCAUUAAGCUUAGUUUCAUUUGCAGUUACGGUGUUUUCUUCUUCCAUUCAAUCGACUUCGCAUAUACUUACUUCCUAUCAUCAUUGGUUACUGUUACAUGUGUAAGGUUUGAGCAUUGUAUUCCAAUGAUCAUACAUUUUCUUCAUUUGCCUGAGGUGCCUGAGUCGCCUUGAGGUCUCUAGGCAAGGA